UUACCAAAGGUCCAUCUUUUGUAGCAGCACUGCAGGACAAGCUCAGCCCUCACCGACCAACAUGUUACUCUCCUCAGUCCGGACUACCAUCUUUUGCGGGUGUAGAAGUGCUGGCAAAGGAUUUCAACACAGCAAUCGGAGUCCACAGCUACGACAAUGGCUUGUAAAGAGAAGUCAGAGCACCAUCACAGCAGAGGCAGGAGCCUCCUCCACUCCGGCAGCAGCUACUGUCCCCAACGCGGCCACAAAUCGCAUCGUAGGACGCUGGUUACUGGGCUGCAGCGGGCUGGUUGUUGGGGCUAUUGUCUUGGGUGGCGUCACAAGGCUAACAGAAUCUGGGCUCUCGAUGGUUGACUGGCAUCUGGUGAGAGAGAUGAAGCCACCUCAGACACAAGCAGAGUGGGAGGCUGAGUUUUCCAAGUACCAGCAGUUUCCUGAAUUUAAAAUAAUGAACCAUGACAUGACUCUGCCAGAGUUUAAAUUUAUCUUCUACAUGGAGUGGGGUCAUCGCAUGUGGGGAAGGCUGGUUGGACUUGGGUACAUCCUUCCCACCAUUUAUUUCUGGAGGAAAGGAUACUUCAAUCGCUCCAUGAAGGGAAAAGUCCUCGGGCUUUGCGGAUUUGUGUUCUUCCAGGGCCUUCUGGGAUGGUACAUGGUAAAAAGUGGUCUUGAGGAGAAGCCUGAGUCUUAUGACAUCCCCCGGGUGAGCCAGUAUCGUCUGAGUGCUCACCUUGGUUCUGCCUUGCUGCUGUACUGCGCCAGUCUCUGGACAGGGCUCACUCUGCUGCUGCCUGCACACAAGUUGGCAGACACCAAACGUCUCAUGCAGCUCAGAAGGUUUGCCAAGGGUACUGGUGGACUCGUCUUCCUUACUGCUCUUUCAGGUGCUUUUGUUGCUGGUCUGGAUGCUGGACUGGUGUAUAACUCCUUCCCUAAGAUGGGUGAGCGAUGGAUCCCAGAUGAUCUUCUGUCUUUCUCACCGGCCCUCAAGAACUUCUUUGAAAAUCCCACGACUGUGCAGUUCGACCACAGAAUAUUGGCCAUUUCUUCUUUGACCGCAAUUACAGGCCUCUAUAUGUUCUCAAGGCGGAUGAUGCUGCCCAGGAGGGCUAAGAUCGCCAUCAGCCUUCUCACAGCAAUGGCCUAUGGACAGGUUGCGCUUGGUAUCAGCACCCUGUUACUGUAUGUCCCCACUCCACUGGCAGCAACUCACCAGUCCGGCUCUGUGGCUCUUCUCUCGCUGGCCAUUUGGGUUCUGGCAGAGCUCCGCAAGAUGCCCAAGUAAAUUCCUGCGCCUUAUGGACAAAUCCAAUCCCUAUUAGCCACACCUCAAGCCUCUAAGAGCCAGCAGUGUCAUUGUGAACGAGGCUUUGGAGAGAAAAGUGAAAAAAAUGGAAGGGUGAAAAACAGAGGAAUGAUUUAACAGUGGACAACACCGACAUGCUGAAGUGUCUCUCCUGUGGUGUUGCAGUGUUUCAUCACAUUGAUAUUAAAGCUGGAGUGUUGAUAAAAAAUGUCAAGAAUACAUAGACUGAACCCUGAAGAUGACAACUUGAUGUGAAGUGUUUUGUGAGGAGUAAAAAAGCAACGCAGAAGUAAAUUUUCAGUUUCUCUCCAGCUUUAAUGACACAGCAACAGGAUUUCCAGUGAAGGAUAUGCAUUUGGGUUGCAGCCAGAAUUUUGCAGGAAUAUUUUAAGUUAAGUUUUUUGUUCAUGUGCAUAGUUUUACCAGGAUGUUUUGACUGAAAAUUGAGUUACUAAGUCACUCGUUACCUAGUGUCGGUUCACACACUACCUAUAAGUUGAAUCAGUUGUGGCUGUUGGGAUUGUAUGUAUAAUUAUGUACAUUUAAGUUAUGAACUAUUUCUUGGUGACAUUGUGAUGAUGGAAAAUAAGGUAUAAAAUAUGCAGAAUCUUGAUUGUUGCUUUGCACUGUGUCUUUACAAAUGUCUUAUUUUAUUAAUAAAGAUGAUUCUGUACAGUCGUUAAAA